AUGACAGGUGAAGGUAAGGCCAGUCAAGUGCAACUUGAUUUGAAUGAACCUUUAAGUUCAAAAGGAAAGACAAAAAAAUCAUUCAAAAUUAAUUGGAAAUGGUUAUCGGGUAUUCUUGUUAUGUGUACCUAUGAUUUGGUUCUAUGGUUUUUUGACAUUGUUAUUCAUACAUUCUUCAGGGAUAUCAGGAGUAGAGGAUCUUUUAACAUUCCAAGAAAGGGUCCCGUAAUAUUUGUCAUAGCUCCGCAUCACAACCAGUUUGUUGAUCCCUUAGUUGUGAUGUCGCAAGUAAAGGAGCAGUCAGGCAGAAGAAUUGCAUUUUUGAUAGCUGCAACCUCUUACAGACGAAAGUUUAUCGGUACAAUGGCAUUGAUGACAGGAGUCAUACCAGUGGAAAGAGCACAAGACUUAUUGAAGCCUGCCACAGGAGAGAUGUUUGUAAAAGAUUUAGAAAACGAGCCUUUGAUAGUGGAAGGAAAGGGUACAUGCUUUACGAAGGAAUGUGUGCCAAAAGGCUUGAUAGGAUUUUCAUUUGGAAGUGCACAAAUAGAAUCGGUAGAAUCUGAUUCGAAGAUUAUAUUAAAAAAGCCAUUCAAAGUAAACUUAAAGUCCCCCACAGCUAGGGAUAUUAAAUUGAAAAAGAUUUUGAAUAGCGGAACCAAGUUUAAAACUGCUCCUCAUGUUGAUAACAAUGAAGUAUUUCAGCAUGUGUUCAAUCACUUGAACUCUGGCAAAGUGUUAGGUAUCUUUCCCGAAGGCGGUUCUCACGAUAGAACUGAAUUGUUACCAUUGAAACCAGGCGUCGCAAUCAUGGCCCUAGGUGCUGCUGCUCAAUCUAAAGACCCAAAUGUUGCAAUCCAAAUUAUUCCUGUUGGUAUGAAUUACUUUCAUCCAGAUAAGUUUAGAUCGCGAGUUGUAAUAGAAUUUGGCAAGCCAAUUGUAGUUGGUAAGGCAUUGGCUGAAAAAUACAAAGAAAAUUCAAAAGAUUCUGUAUCAAAAUUAUUGGAGACUAUCAUUCUUGGAUUAAAGGAAGUUACAGUCACUUGCCGUGAUUACGAUACAUUAAUGGCUGUUCAAGCAGCAAGAAGAUUAUACACAUCGGCGAACCGACAGUCUAUUCCCUUGCCGUUAGUGGUAGAAAUGAACAGGAGAUUAGUAAAGGGAUACGAAAAGUACUCCGAUAACCCAGAGGCCAAAGAAAUUAAAAAACUCGUCGGGGAUUACAACAAGAAACUUAUUAGAAUGGGAUUACAUGACCACCAAGUCCCGACGCUUUCGAAGUCAAAUAGAUUUAAAACCUUCAUUAUGUUUUCCGAGAGACUUUUCAAAGUCUUUUUCUUCUUGGGUCUAAGUAUGCCAGGAAUCAUAUUGUUCUCUCCGGUAUUCAUAACAGCAAAACGUAUCUCAAAAAGGAAAGCCAAAGAAGCCUUAGCUAAAUCCCAAGUCAAGCUCAAAGCUAAUGAUGUGUUAGGUAGUUGGAAAAUUAUUGUGGCUCUCGGUUUAGCUCCUGCGUUAUAUAUAACUUACUCAAUUAUUGAAACUGUUUUGAUUGUCAAACUGAAAAUUUUGCCAGAGAGUUUUUCUAAGGUAUUCAUUUUCAUGCUUUGCUAUUUGUGGUCUGUAUUGACGACAUACGCCUCCUUAAGAAUAGGUGAAAUUGGAGUGGACUACUAUAAAUCUCUUAAACCGUUGUUCUACUCCCUCGUGAGUCUGCACAAGGAUAUUUUGCAAAUAGAGGAACUCAAGAAGAAUCGAGAGUUUUUGGCCAAGAAAGUCACCAAUCUUUGCAAUAAAUACGGGCCUGAUUUGUUUGAUGAUUAUGAUAGCUUUUACAAGCAGUACAAUCAUUUGGACACCCUGGAAGACUACAGUAUCUCCCGUUCUCCUUCAGAAGAAUCUCUCGGUGUCAAAUCUGUCACAUCGAAUGCACUGGAGUUCAACAUUGAAGACUUAUCCGAUGUUCCAAUCUUUUCCAAUAUUUUGGAUGUUUUGAGUCCACCAUCCAAGAGUGAUUCUUCUAAUAGCGACGACAAUUCAUCUGAGGAAGACUCCGACGCUGAUACAGACCCACUUGACGAUUCUGAAAACGUAGACGAUACAACCUCCCAGAACAUACGUUUAAGAAAAUCUUUAAAGAAAAGACUAGCCAAGGACCCUAAGAAUGUUUGA